GACUUGUUCAGGAUCACGUGAUAUGAAACAUGGCCUCUCAGGGACAGAGAUGUGCCGGAUGACAACAAUGUAGAUGUUUGGAUUUAUAACAUCAAACUUUUGAGGAAUCCGUAGAAACUUUGAAUCUACCCUCACGACCAUGAAGCUGCGCGUGCAGCUGCAGUGUAAGAACCUCCAUGAAUACCUGAGAGAGCUGAGCCCUGACAUCCUGGACAGACUGUUCAACCACCCAGCGACGUGUCUGGCUGUCUACAGGGAGCUCCCCUCUCUGGCUAAGAACUAUGUGAUGCGGAUGCUGUUCGUGGAGCAGCCUCUCCCUCAGGCAGCGGUGGCUCUGUGGGUGAAGAAGGACAGUCAGAAGGAUCACGAUGAGUGUGUGUCAGUGUUAGCAGGACUCCGUCUGUGGCACAGUCAGCAGCUGCAGGGCGGUCUGCAGGGCUACAUCCUGAAUCCAGUGUUUAAAGAGAACCUGAGGAUUGCUCUGCUCGGCGGGGGCAAAGCUUGGGCAGAUGAGGGAGCCUCUCUGGGUCCGGACCGCCACGCUCGGGACAUCGAAAGUCUGGACCGCUAUGCGAUGGAGCGCUGGGAGGUGAUCCUGCAAUUCAUGGUGGGUUCUCCCUCUGCUGCUGUCAGCCAGGACCUCGCUCAGCUGCUGGUUCAGGCAGGACUCAUGAAAAGUGAGGCAGGAGAGGCUCCCUACAUCACGUCAGCUGGUUUCCAGUUCCUCCUACUGGACACGGCCUCUCAGCUGUGGUACUUCACCCUGCAGUACCUCAAAACUGCCCAGUCCAGAGGGAUGGACCUGGUGGAGAUUUUGUCUUUCUUGUUCCAGCUCAGCUUCUCCACGCUGGGCAGAGAUUACUCCGUGGAAGGAAUGAGUGAGUCUUUACUCACCUUCCUGCAGCACCUGAGGGAGUUUGGACUUGUCUUCCAGAGAAAGAGGAAAUCCAGGCGAUACUACCCGACCAGACUGGCCAUCACUCUGGCUGCAGGAGUCACCAGCUCCUCCUCUGCAUCCUCCUCCACCUCCUCCUCCUCCCUGCCUUCCACUCCUGGUACAGGAGACGCUGGCUUCAUUGUAGUGGAGACGAAUUAUCGCAUCUACGCCUACACGAACUCGGAGCUUCAGAUUGCUCUGGUGGCUCUGUUCAGUGAGAUGUUGUAUCGGUUUCCUAACGUAGUCGUGGCUCAGGUCACCAGAGAAUCCGUGCAACAAGCCAUCGCAAACGGGAUCACUGCACAACAGAUAAUCCACUUUCUGAGGACCAGAGCUCACCCUGUCAUGCUUAAACAGUCUACGGUCCUUCCUCCCACCAUCACAGAUCAGAUCCGACUGUGGGAGCUGGAGAGAGACAGACUACAGUUCACUGAGGGUGUGCUGUAUAACCAGUUCCUGUCCCAGGCAGACUUUGAGGUGCUGCGAGACAGAGCUCAGGGUCUGGGCUGCCUGGUGUGGCAGGACGUGGCUCACAGGGUAAUGGUGGUGAGUCCUCAGGGUCACAGUGAGGUCAAGAGGUUCUGGAAACGACAGAAGACUCACACAUAACACAGGGACGACGAGGGAGGGAGGGGCAGUAAUGUCACACCUGAGGACAGGUGUCCUCUGACAUCACAGAUCAGCUGUUCAGUUCAGUAAGAAAAAGGAGAUGAUUUAAUUAUUUUGUAUGUUCAUAAAAUGUGAAUGUGUUCUGGAUUAAAUGAUGACAAGAAAGAAA